GCACAAAGCACAUGGAAAGCCUGAUGCCUGGCUCAUUUCCCUAUCAGGCUCCGGCUUGCGACUUGGCUCGAGCACAAUCCAACACAUGGCGUAUCCGCAUAUCAGUCUUGGCCAUAACUGCGCCCAUUUAAUUGCAUAACCUGUAUCCAAUUUUCCCCAGCCAUAGGGCUGGUGCAGCAAUGUUUGGUGAUUUCACAGUAUGAAACAAUACGGCCGGAGAAGCUCCAAUGGAGCCACACUCAUUGAGAAGCUCGAACAUAAAGCGUCGAAUGUCCUGUCGAACUCUCGGUGUAUGGCUAUCUUCCGAGUAUACCCGCCAAUGGCUUCUUUUUGGGCUUCUUUGCCCUCUUCGGCCUACUCAACUUAGGUCUCGGCAUCAGAUACAAGACGUGGUCUUAUAUGGUUGCUCUGUGCCUGGGCUGUCUGACCGAAACUAUUGGUUAUGUCGGUCGAAUUAUCAUGCAUAGCAAUCCGUUUGCCGACUCGGGUUUCAUCACUCAAAUCUGCUGCUUGAUCAUCGCCCCGGCCUUCAACUCAGCAGCGAUCUACCUGACUCUCAAGCAUGUCGCAUUGUGCUUUGGACCCGAAUAUUCCUACAUCAAGCCUCGCUUCUACACCUACAUCUUCAUAUGCGCAGACUUCAUCUCCUUGCUCCUUCAAGCAAUUGGUGGAGCAUUGGCAUCAACGGCCGAUACCCAAGACGAACAAGACCUCGGAGACAAUUUGAUGAUGGCUGGUAUCUCCUGGCAGGUUGCUGCUCUGGCAUUCUUUGCAGCAACUGCCGCCGUAUAUAUCGUCCGGGUGAAGCGAGGCAUGCGACGCACUCCGCUUUCCCUUGAGGCCGCUGCCACCCUGAAGGACACCAAGUUUCGACUGUUUGCUCUGGGUGUGGUGACUGCUUGGCUCACCAUCUUCAUUCGAUGUGUCUACCGUAUCAUUGAAAUGGCAGGUGGCUGGAAAAACUCCAUCAUGCAAGACGAGACCGGAUUUAUAGUCCUGGAGGGAGUAAUGAUCGUCAUCGCGACAGCAUGUCAAACCAUCUUCCACCCCGGAUUUUGCUUUCCUCGACUCUCCUCCAGAUGGACCUCAGAAUACAGUGAGGUCGAAACCACCAAGGCCUCACAGGAUGUUUCGAUGGAGGAUUUGCGAACAAGCGACACUGCAUACACAGGUGGACGACAUGACGGCUCGGCGAACGCUUGAACCGGGAUACAGUGUUGUCGAGAGAACCAAAGUGAAAAGAGAGACAUUAAACGACACGCAAUGUAAAUGAUACCUGGAAAGAGGAGGACAAUAGGGAGAUUUUGUUAUUUACCCGUCACGAGCUUCAUCGUGAUCGGCGUUGGAUGUUAUGAUAUGAGCGACAAUGGUCUGGUAUAGCUGGACUACUAUUCAAAAAUCAAUCACAUGUAUGACAAGAAAUCCACUUUGACUAUGCAUAGGUGAUAUUGUAUUUCUCUCCCAGGCCCAGUGGAAGGGUUGCACAUCAUAACGACCAGAAGGAAAUGUGGCGCUUUUCGGAGUGUACGCGUCAGAGCCAUGCAGUGUGCUCUCGAUUUUUG